AUGGAACCUCAAUCGAAUAGAGUUGCUGCUUCCAAAGCCACAGCUUCGAGCAGUGAUAAGAAAAUUGAUACGAAACUUGAUACUUCGACAAAUACGAACUCGACCGCCAACUCUUAUGAUGAAGUUAGAUCACAUCUCAAAAAUGACCAGGUCGCCAUCAGCACAAAUGAACCCCGCAUAAAACAUGCUAUCUCCGACAAAAGCCAUGCUUCGCGCUUUGCAAAAUCUAUCGGAAAUACUUCUACAAAAAAGGUCUCAUCAUCACCUACGGGUUGUUCAUUUUUCGACAAGCUUCUCGUAGAGACUCGCUGUAUGAUCUACGAGCUCUUGCUGGUAAAUCCAAUUCUUGGCAAAAGCUGCAGUGUGGCCGAUCGUACCUGUUUGCCCAGAAGUUCUCCAUCACACGGAGCAACCCAGCCACCGCUGAAGUUUGAACUUGAACCCCAAGUUCUUCAAGUUUGCCGUGAAAUGUACUCAGAAGCAUCAGAUAUCCUUUACGGAUCCAAUACAGGCAUGGAAAUGACGCCCAUCACAAGACAUUAUAACAGAUUGGGUCACGGUCACCUUUUCCUAUUUGAUCAUCCAGCGGUGGUAAAAGUUAAACACUGGAGAGUUAUUGUCAGUUCAUUCAUGGAUUCGCAAAUAUUGAGAGGAUCGUAUGAAAUAAGACUUUGGUCCAUAGAAAACUUUUGUUUGGCCAUCUCUCAGUCCCCAUCCAUAUCUCUUGAGAUUGCACUAGCACCGAUUGGUCUGGAAAAGUGUGAGGAAUCAAUUUGGUUCCCGGACAAGACCGUCUAUCAAGAAAUGAAGGAUAUGCUCAUACCUCUUCGAAUGCUACGAGGGGUACAAAAGCUUCGAUUCCGAGAUGCAAGUUGGGACGAAUUGCCAGAUGUUCACCCAUACAAUAAAUUCUGGGGCAAGGACUGUCGAUCUACCAUCCCUUCUCCCAGUUUAAGAAAAGAACUCAGAUCAAUCAUGAUGGGCAACUCCGUGGUAGAGCUCUCUCGAGGAAUGUAUCUUCGACUCGUGCGUUAUGCACAGGCAUUUGAGGCAUUCGAUACUUUCAGGUCUGAAAUGCGCUACCCGUCUACUAGCAGCGUAGGAAAAUAUCUGAUGGACUAUGGAUUAUGUCCUGGCAGCAGUCGUUGGAUGCACAAGCCCCACGAUUCAACUACUCAGAAGUCACAUCCUGUAGAAAUGGGUCUUAGGAAUGCGGAAAAUUUCUCGUCCUCACAAUACAACCCAAGAGCAUUCAAGUUAGAACGAGCCACCGUUAUACAAUAUCUAGAGCCACAAUACCAGAGGUCAAAAUUGGCGUGUUUUAACUUGACGGAAUUCAUCAAGUCCCAGAAGAGAAAGGAUGGAAUGCUUUCGCUUGUAUCUACUCGGAAAUGGCACUCUCCCAGGAUUGCAGCAGAGGCUAUUCUUCUCCUGGAAAGAUAUGUGCAAGCUCUUCAAAGAGAUUUUCCAUAUGCCGAUCAAAUCAAACAUCGCCUCAAUCGUCAAGGACAAACUUCGGUUUACAACAAUCUUCCCCGAAACGACCUCAUGAGACAGGUUAUCGAUGCUUUUGAUGCGAUGACUUGGGCCUUUUUCGUAGAUUGUUUCAAAAGAAUGGUAGAUGAUCUGGAUAAGCAGUUUAUGGAAAUGAGAGAGGCGAGAAAGAAGCUUUUUGAAGACGAUAAAACAUCAGAUAUUGGCUGUGAUAUUGAGUUGGAUUCGAACCUAUGCAUUGAGAUGAUCGAUUGGACGAGAGAUGAACCGAAAUUUGGACCAAUCUCUAACGACCCGGAGUGGAAUAACUCGAGAUAUUGCUUUGGUGAUGAGUGA